GAGAAGGUCUGAGACUGGCCCUCCUACAUCACUCACACACACACACACACACACACAUAUAUACAGAGCUCAAUGAGCGCUGAGUUCCUCCGCACACGCGCCUAGUUUCGCCCUGUCCGUCACUCGAGCCCAGGAAUGCCAUGGCCACUCAGCCCAACCAGGACUACUUCCGCUCGGUCAGCAGCGAGUCCACUACCUACAUGAUGGUGCCGGCGAGCGGCCGCAGAGAGUCUCCGUCCAAGCUGUGGCUCGCCAUGGUGGUGAUUGUGGUGGUGGUGCUGCAGAUCGCCUCCACCACUGGACUCUUCCUCUACCUGAACAUGUCCCUGUCCCAGGUGAAGAGCCAAGGAGUAACAGAAGAGCUGCGAUGUCUGGGAUUGCUCAAUGCCCUGGAUAAAAACCGGGAUAUUCCCGAGGACCUGGCUCAGCUCUUAGGAGAAUCCUGCAUCAAACUGGCUGAAGGCAUCAAGGCCUACAUCUCUAAGGUAACAGAGAAUAUCAUUUCCAGGCAGGCAUUACAAGAAGCAAGAACUAUACCACAUAGCUACAACAGUACAGGGGCAAAGUUUGUGACACAGAGACCUUCAGCCCACCUUACACUCAGCAGCAUACCAGGUGCCACCCCUCAGUAUCCGAGUCCGCAGGCGGACCUGCACCAGUCAUGCCGCCACCCUGUGCGCUCCUGGGCCAAUCAGAGCUUUGGCGCCCACCUGCACAACAUGACACUGGCCAACGGGCGUCUCCGCGUGCCUCAGGACGGACGCUACUACCUGUACGCACAGGUCUACUUCCGUUACCCGUCACCCAGCGAGGGCGAGCAGAAGGGCACCAGUCACCAACUGGUUCAGUGCAUCUACAAGAAAACAUCAUACCUGCGACCCAUCCAGUUGCUGAAGGGUGUAGGCACCAAGUGCUGGGCACCCGACGCAGAAUACGCCCUGCACUCGGUCUACCAGGGAGGUCUGUUCGAGCUGCGGGCUGGCGACGAGGUGUUCGUGUCCGUCUCCUCCCCUUCGAUGGUGCACGCCGAGGACUCUUCCAGCUACUUCGGAGCUUUCCGGCUCGACCUGUGAGGGCGGAUCAGAGACACUGCACCGAGGUUACAUUACCCAAGAGGCACUGGGAGUUUUUUUCGUUUGUCUUUGUGUGGUCCCAAGCGACAGCUCAGACAUCGCAUUGUUUUAUUUUCCUUUAAUAGAUUGAGAUUUUUUUAUAUAUGUGAAGGAAGUGGUUCAGACACUUGGACCCCCUUUUUCUUUAAGGCGGAAGAAUGUAUGUAUAUUUUUAAAAGCACAUCAAAGAUGUGGAUCUUGGAAACGGUAGCAAAAUGGACGGUAGGAUCGGCAGAACUUUUGCGAAGGCUUUAUCUGUGCCAGUUCUGUGCAUGUCUAAUGUACGAGGAGGAAAACUGUGCUUUCACCUUUGGGCCACUGGGCAUCGCAUAUAAUGCAUUUUUCAAAUACACUGAGAUGCAGGAAGAGAAGAGCAUGCCAGGGGAAAGAGGAGAGGUGUAUGCCAUGCAGAUGCAGAAAUUCUCUGUGGCCAGUUCAACCAGUGGAGCAGCAUGCAAUCACAGAUAGAGACAGAUACCACCACCUUCUCUCUCUCUCUCUCUCUCUCUCUCUCUCUCUCUCUCGCUUAACUCACUCACACACACUCACACAUACAAAGACAAUGCAGAAUGCAUUCACUCAAAGCAGUAAGCCAGAGAUGCGAGUGCACGAGAUUUGUUGCUCUUUUCAUUAAGUAAUCCGACUCAAUAAAUCAAAGGCACAGACGUGUUUACUUUUAAAUUCACAUAACUCAAAUACUCCCACUUUAGUCCUGCUUUGUAAAAGCAGACACGCCUCACUCACCCAAACACAAACACGCCCUCCUUCCACAAGAACACAGUCCACUCAACUUGGACAUCUGAGAUUUAAAAACAGAGUGUAUAAAAGGUUAAGCAAACAGGGUGCCUUAGAGUUUAAAUGUCACACCCAUGGCCUUUCACUGCUUUGUUUUCUCCAAAGCAGCGUUCACAUGAUCACAAACAUUUUCAGUGGAAUGACAUGUAUGUAACCUUUAUCCCUCCUUUCUCUUUCUCAUCUCAGUUUUAUGUCUGUGUGUAUAUAUAGUACAUGGUGGCUAUUUCAGCUUUCAGCAUGCCUCAUAUAGCUGAAACUCCAACCUACUGAGGUUCUGAACAAGCAUGACUGCAAAUGAGAAGAAAAAUCAGCAGGCCAACAUCUCUGCCAAUACAUAUCAUUUGAUGAACAGCAGAGUAAGCGUGAGGCAAUCGUGUUAUAUAACUGGCCGGACUUUUGAUAAAGGGCCAAGUUGGACUUCAGUGUAAAAUGUCUUUUUUUUUUACUUCUUCUUCUUAAUGACUGGACUCCAGCUUGAAAUUUGUCUGAUAAUGCCACUAUUCUCAAGGCCUUAAAAAAGAAACUGCUGCCAAUAUACAAUACACACAGGAGCGCAAUGCACAGCCCAAGCACUUUCUGCUUCCUUUCUCAAGGACUUGGCUGUGAGCCACAAAAAAAGACGUUAUAAAUCAUCAUCUCCAUCUGGGACGACAUCUUGGAAGGAGUAAAUGCAUCAAGGAGACGUAUUGUGCAACAGGCAUAAUCGAUUUGGGCGAGCGUGAACGCGCAAUAUCGGUCAUCGCGGACGUAAACGCCGAAGUGCCUUUCAGUGCUGCAUUGAUUUGAAUGUGUUAGCGUGCGAGGCUAUUGGACUUGGUCUGCACAAUCAGUAAAACAGAGGUUAUGGCAGGGUGCUUCAAAUGAUUUGGCCGAGUCUGAGCAACAAAACAAAAGGACUGCACAGAAUCAAAUGUGUGUUACGUUUCAUAUUACUAGCUCAAGCAUCGGUUUUAGGCUAGGAUUUAUGAUUAUGUUGCUUUAAACAACAACUCGUCUCCAACAUCUCAUUUAUUUAGCACAGCAGCACAUAAGGUUUAGAGCUUCGUGUAAAGUUUCAAAGCUGGGCACAACAUUCAAGAAGUACUAGCAAUAACACGGUUAAUUGUUAAGCACCUCCUGAUGCUAUAUGUAGUGCAUUCAAAAACAAACAAAACUAGAGCUGAAAACAUGUACCGGCAUUCAUGUCUGUUCCUCUCCAUACCAACAGGUGGCAGUAAUCUGUCUUUAUAAUCAAAGCCUGUAGCUUGGUCUCAGAUCUCAUACUACUGCAGUAAAAAGUACAUAAUUGUCAUACUUCAGCUGCUUAGUAGGAAUCUCAGCUAUCUACAUGAGCGUACACUUCAGUACAGUAGUAUAGAGAAGAGUAGAUUUGCCUUCAAAUUUACGACAUUUGACUCCCUGCUACAACAAAACACGAUACAUCAGAACUGUUUAUUUAGUCUGAGCAAACACAAAUAAAAUACAUGCAGCAGAAAAAGCCAGUUCACCGAAGGGGAAAAGACCCCCGGACAUGACAGACGCGAUUUGCUGGAUGAAAUUUGACCAGUGAAUACACAAACUGGUUUUGUGUGGCCAAUAGAAAGCAAAAGGGUGGAGCUUUGCUCUCUGUAGGUGAAAAGUGCAGGGUGCUGUUUAUUAUUUAUUCUGUUAGCAUGGAGCCAAUUCUUCAAUCAGCAUAUGCUAAAUUGUCUAAAGUCUAUAGACACAUGACCAUCACAUCAAUCUGUGUUCCUUCCCCGAAACGUGCAAACACGUGCAUUCUGAGUGUCUAGACUUAAUUUGUGUACUGCAGUAUUGCAAAUUCCCUUAUAUGGAACUACAAUGACCAGUAUCUUCUGCACAAAUUGAGCUCUAUGAAGACUCGAUUUGCCGAGUUUGGUGUGUCCUGCACACAACCUUGACCUCAGCCCCAUUAAACACCUUUGGGAUGAGUUGGAAUGCUAAUCGCACCUUCAGGCUCAACACCAGGGCCUGACUGUUCUAAUGUUCUUGAGGCUGAAUGAACUCCCCAUAGCCGUACCCCAAAAUCUAGAAAAUCUGGAAUCCAGAAGGGUGGACAGCAAAUGGGGCUAGGGGGGGCUCCAUAUCAAAUUUCACACGGUUUUGGAAAGUGAUGUUGAGCAAAAGGUUUGCGAUGGUCGGGUGUCCACAUACUUUUGACAACACAGUGUAUGCAAAAAAAAAUUUACCCGCUAAGAAUUUCUUUCUUGGUGUGUGCCUGAGCCUAGCUGGACCUUUUUUUGUGCAUGUAUUGUUUUAUGAUAGUGGUUUGCUGGUUCUUUCUCUUCCCUUUUCAUAGAAUACUUUCUACAUGCUACCGGUUCAACGGUUAUUGAUGAGAAGCAACAGUACGGAACAAGCGCCAGAAACACUAUGAUAGCCAUUUACACAUGAUGCCCUCAAACUACAGACAGUCAGCCUGAUGUUUCAGGGUCCUUAGCAAAAACAUUUAUCUCUGGUUGCACAGAAGCCCAUCAGGGCCACAUGUUUGGCCAAGAGUAACCCCACACCAAUCUAAAGCACAUGGAACUGUGUGAGGUUGAGCAAAUUCGAAUUUCACUGUGGAACACUGGCUAAACACACAAGCUCCACUACAAACAAGCAAACACUACCCUCUUACCCUGUGAUCGAGUGUUAGUGUGUGGCAGGUAACAGGUUUCCACGGACCGGGUAAAAGUGAUCUUUCAACAGAUUCCAGCCAGGAUCAUCUUCUCGACAGACAGUGAGGAACCAAAUGUGAAAACGGUGGAAGAAAUGUGUCAUAAACUGUGUGUUUGUGUGUGUGUGUGUGUGUGUGUGUGUGUGUGUGAUUGGAAAAGAUUUUACACAAUAGUGGAUGCAGUUCAUCAAAUGCCCAGAUUUUAAACAUAAAUGAACUGUUGGAGUUUUAUUCGAGACCAGAAUGUGUUGCGGUGACAUAUUUUAUAAAAACAAAACAAAUGAAUGUAGUCCGAACCCCGUGAGCAAAACGGAACAAAGAGGCUUUUGUUUUUUUCUUCUUUUUUUUCUGCCCAGGGCUGUUUUUUUUUCCCUCUUUGUGAAUUGUUCAUAAUCUUUAAAUCACCAAUAUGUGGGUCUUGUUUCUCCUUUGAUAAAAGAUAACAUGCACUGUUUACCACUGUUGUUUCCUCUCUAUAAGAAUGUACAAAUGUUUAACGGUUGACUUUUUUCUGUAAAAAAAAAAAAAGAUAGAAAGAAAGAAAAGAAAUCCUUUGAUGUUUUUUUGUGAUCUGUGAUUUUGAGGGACGUGUGUCAUUUCUAACAAUUAAAGUGCUUGUUUUCCAGGA